CACGGUCCACCGUUCAUUCAGGAGGAGGAGGAAGAAGAAGAAGAUGGAAGCAGCAGCAGCAAUUUCAGGCAGCAGCAGAAGGAUUCUAUUCCCAAAAUAUUCUCCUAAUGCAAUGAAAUCUGCUGCAGCAACAGAAAUUUUUCUACCUUUUCACCUCUUCUCAUCAAAUCAAUGGCUACCCAGAAACCAUUACCAUCAGCUGCCAAAACUGUUAGCUCUAGAAAGAACUCAACUGUGUUUCCCCUUGGCGAGCAAGGCCCAAGGAACAGCCCCUUGGCAACCUCACCUCCAAUUAAGCUACUAACCAGGGUUGAGCAGCUGAAGCUUCUGAGCAAAGCUGAGAAAGCUGGGUUACUAUCUGCAGCAGAGAAGUUUGGCCUUUCUUUAUCAACAAUAGAGAAACUGGGUCUCCUCUCUAAGGCAGAGGAAUUAGGUGUCCUCUCUGCAGCCACUGACCCUGGGACUCCAGGGGCUCUGUUGAGCCUUAGCUUGGGGUUGCUGCUUUUAGGUCCCUUUUGUGUUUAUCUUGUGCCUGAGGAUUACCCUUGGCAGGUUGCAUUGCAGGUGGUUGUUGCUUUGGUUUCUGUGGUUGGGGGUUCUGCUUCCUUUGCUGCCUCAAAUUUUGUAUCCAACUUGCAGAAAUCAAACUAAAUUUGAAGAGUCUGAAUUUUGUUCUGUACAACGUUAAAUGGGUUUGCUGCUUUUUGGUCA